ACCCAGUACCGCGGAACAUCCUGCAAACACAUCUGAGACUAGGAACAAAACUCUGCACAGUUUCUCCCUCUCACACACACACACACACACUCACACACUGCUGGCUGCUGGCUGCAAGUUCACAGGACACUUCAGAUCAAAUCGUGUAGUGGCUGUUGUUGGUGUAGUUGACUCUGCAGGUCGAUGUCGGACUUCUUGUGUGUUUAUGUUGGGACGCUUGGCGGUGGGACAUCCGGAAUGGGGGAUCCGUAGAGGAGACGAGGCAAAGCUGCUGCUGCUGUUGGUAAACAGAGCGCACCAACAAGCGCGCGCACACAGAGCUUAUACGCACGAGAUGGACUUUAAGAGGACAAAAUUUGCAAGGUUCAUGAACUGCAGGGUCCCAGCCAGUAAGAGAUACCAGCCCACUGAAUAUGAACAUGCUGCAAACUGUGCCACACACGGGUUAUGGAUCCUCCCCAGUCUGGUGGGCGGGUCUGUGCUCUACUUCCUGUCUGUGGACCAAUGGCAUCGUGUGGCUGCCUGGCUCUAUGGGAGCGGUCUCACCGGCCUGUUUGUCACCUCAACACUCUUCCACACCGCUGCCUGGAAAAUCAGCCACCACCGGACGAUGGAGCAGCGAUUCCACAUGUGUGACAGAAUGGCCAUCUACUUCUUCAUAGCUGCCUCCUACUCUCCCUGGUUGAUGCUGAGGGAGCUGGGGCCCUGGGCGUGCCACAUGCGCUGGCUGAUAUGGCUCAUGGCAUGCGUAGGAUCCAUGUAUGUCUUCUUCUUCCACGAGAGGUACAAGCUGGUGGAGUUGUUUGGGUAUGUGGCCAUGGGGGUGGUUCCUGCUUUGGUCAUCCUGUCUAUGGUGGAGCGUGCAGGUGUGUGUGAACUGGCAGUGGGAGGUGUCUUUUAUAUGAUGGGUGUGGUCUUCUUUAAGAGUGACGGCCUCGUCCCUUUCGCCCACGCCAUCUGGCAUCUUUUUGUCGCAGCGGGAGCAUGGAUUCAUUAUUACGCUAUCUGGAGGUACCUGUACUUACCUGGGCCGCUGCUGCAGACGUCGAGGUGACUAGCCGCUCUCACAUGGUGAGAUCGCAUGGCUCCACACCAUGCGACUGACUGAGAAAAGUACAUUUUAGUCACGAGACCACUGUGUUUUGACCACCACUAACCUGACUCACGAGGCUACGCCUGAAGAGAUGGUGCUGAGAUGAUCUGACCGCUAUAGAUCAGAUGAAAUUCUCCAAAGUUGGGGCCAAAACCCCGAGACCAAACCCUCUUACUGUUUAACUGAAAGUCAUUCCAACAUGCUAAUUAUAUAACAGACUGAUGAGUGAACAUUUAGCCUGGCUGGACCAAACGUACGCAAAAAUACAGUUCUAAUUCUGCUGUAUAAGACAUGUUAUUAUCACAAAGAUAAGUAACAGCCCUGGAUAGCAAUCUUAAUUUGUUCAUCACCUCACGGUAGAUGUUUGCACAAAUAACAACUAACUAAAACUAGCAACUUUAGAUGAACAAUAUUCAGUUAAAGAAAUAGUUUGCCAAUUUGCUAAUGUGGUUAAUCAUGUUCUUGGCGAGAGUUAGAUGUGAAGAUUGACAUCACUUUGAGGUUGUCAGGCAAUCAGUGGAGACUCCAGGAAGUCACUGCUUCUAUGCUAAGCCGUUUCUGGUGGUUGCUUCAUAUUUACCGUAUAGAUACGAGAGUGGUGUCAACUUUCUCUUCUAACUCUCUGCAAGAAAGCAAAUUAGCAUAUAAAAAAUAGCGAACUAUUGCUUUAAUCACACAUUUACAUAACAGAACUGUCGGUAUUCAGUCUGUGACUAUACCUGCUAAACUAUCCUAGGCUAGUAAACUUCACCCUUUCCAUAUUCCAACCAUAAGUGAUGUGCCAAAAUGUACCACAGAGGCAUUCCUUUACAUUGGUGCUAGCCCUUAAGUUACUUUAUUUUAGUUUUGUCCAUUUUGCACAGCGGCAAAAUAUGAAAAUAUAGAGUUGGCACCACAAACAACACACUUGCUGCCACUGGUUUCAUAAACAAACACACUCAUGUUAGGUUGACUUAAGUGGUGGACACACUGCCCGCAUGAGGCUCGCGUGCUGGCUGCGUAGCGUGUGGUUUUUUUAUUUCGGCGUCUAUGUUAACAGGUUAGAGUGAA